AUGGCGGGAACAGACGACGAAUACGAGGAAGACAUUUACCCAAAUAUGGCCAAUGACGUCCACGACUAUCGAACGUCCAACUCAUCUCUCCAUCACGUGACUCCCAGAAUGCAUCGCAGGGACGCGGGGAUGGAGACAGGGUCCAGACGGCGGCGGUGCAGGAGGAAAGGCCGGAGACAGAAGGCCCAGCCUCACGUUCAUUACGAGACCGCGGAGUACUCUGUCGUCAAUGUCGCCGGAACAGUGCGGUUGUGGCAGCCGUCUGAUUGGUUCGCUCCUGAAGGCUGCUGGUUCGUGCUGAAGAACGGCCAGGUCAGGGUGAAGGAGCCGGGAGUCUACUGGAUAUACGCACAGGUGACUUUUGAGGACGGUAAGGGCGCCGCGCGGUCCCGGGUGCUGCUCGGAGGGAGAGGCGACCGGCCCCCGACGCCUGUCCUGACGUGCGCCGGUCCCGGGCAGGGCGCGGCCGGGAGGGGGACACGGGCUUGUUUCGCGGCGGGGAUCAGGAGGCUGGACCGGAAUGAUCGCAUCACGGUAGAAGCCUGGGGAGACGUCAUGGCGUCACCGGAUUAUACUUACUUCGGAUUACUCAAACUGGGGAUAUAGUACUCUCCAAGCAGAGGUUGUGGGGGAAUGAUCGUUAACUUUUUAUGUAUGGCCGUUUUUUGUCGCUAAUCCCAC